AUUCGAUUCAUGAUGAUGAUAAUGAUUCAACGAAUCAAAUUUUAACCGUUGUUGAAAACAAUCAUCAUCAAAAUCAUGAUUCAUCGAACUUGGUUUUGACAAUUCAACAACAACAACAACAACCAUCAUCAUCAUCAAUAAUACCAAGUCAAAUUGUAUUACGUACCGAUUCACCGGAUAAUGAUUCAGCAUUUUCUGAUUCAAUAUCAUUAAUUUCAUCCGAACAAUCAUCAUCAUCAUCAUCGACAUCAUCGAAUGGUGGUGGUAAAUUAUCGAUUCAAACAUCAACAUCAACAAUACGUAAAGGAAAUAAUAGUACUGGUAAUUCUAGUCAAUCAGUAAAUAGUAGUGAUGGUUCUCAAACAUCAUCAUCUUGUUGUGAUAAUAACAAUAUUGAUCAUCAUCAGCAGCAUCAGUCGAUCAUGAAACAUGUGGUAACAUCAAUAAAUGAUAAUGAAAAUCCUGAACGAAAUCCUAUUCAACAACAACAACAACAGAAACAACAACAACAACAGCAGCAAAUAUUUUUCGAACAAAAUGAUAAAACUAAAAAUGGUGAUCUAAAUGAUUUGACGCUAUAUUUAAAAGUAUUUGCCGAAGAUGAUUCAUCUAAAUGUUUAUUAGCCGAUGAACGUAUGCAGGUUGGUAGAAUUUGUCAACAAAUGGCCGAAAAAAAUCAUAUUUCAAUUGGAAUUAAUUAUUGUAUUAUUGAACAUAUGCCACAAUUAUAUUUAGAACGAUUCUAUGAAGAUCAUGAAUCAUUGGUUGAAAAUGUUCUGUAUUGGGGACGUGAUCAUCAUAAUUUAAAUAAAUUAUAUUUUGUUCAACAACCGGAUAAAUAUGAUAUGUUUAUUCAACCGGAAAAAUAUCUGAUCAGUGUUAAUCAAUCAAAUGAAAAUGUUGAUACAUUAAAAUCUGGUUCAUUAAGAGCAAAAUAUAAUGCUAAUCAAUUACGAACAGAUUUAAUUGGACAAUUUUUUUCGAAUAAUAAUAAUAAUAAUGUACGUGUACCUGAAAUCGAAGGUAAUCUUUUUCUACGUAGUGAUGGUAAAAAAGUAUGGAAAAAAUAUUUUUUUUCAUUAAGAUCAUCCGGUCUUUAUUAUUGUCCAAAAGGACGACCAAAAUCAACAAAAGAUUUAAUUUGUUUAACAACAUUUGAAUUGAAUUGUGUUUAUUAUGGUUUUGGUUGGAGAAAAAAAUUUAAAGCACCAAAUGAUUAUGGUUUUGCUAUAAAACAUCCACAAAUUCAAACCAAAUCACCAAAACAUAUAAAAUAUUUGUGUGCUGAAUCACAAGAUGAUCUUAAACUAUGGAUGACCGGUAUACGUAUUGCUAAAUAUGGUCAUCAUUUAUUGGAAAAUUAUAAACAAUUUAAAAUGAAUAGCGAUGAACUUUCCAGUUCUGUUGAUGAUGAUGGUACCACCAAUGGUGAUGAUAUUUUAAACAAAAAAAUAACAACAUUUCCAAUGAAUGAUUCAACAAACAAUGAUCAUCAUCAUUAUAAUUAUGGUCAUGAAGAAUCAAACCAUAUUGAUGAUUAUGAUCAUCAUCAUAAUAUUCAUAAUUCUAAUUCGAUACAAAUGAGAAUUAAUCGUAUACCACGUAGUGAAUCUAUUCGUUCAUCAAGUGCAUCAUCUAGUUCAGGAUGUAUUUCGGAACAAAAUAGUAUUGUUUCAACACCAUCAUCAUCAUCAUCGUCAGGUUCUUCAUCAGGAUCUUCAAUUACAACAUUGACAACAAAUGGACAUGGUCAUCAACAUCAUGAUCAUUCAAAUUAUAAUCAUCAUAUGAUUUCACCACAUCAUCAUCUUCAUCAUAAUCAUCAUUUACAACAACAACAAUCAAAUGCAUUUGAUGCAGAUUUUCCAAUCGGUACAAUUAAACGAAAACCAAAUGUUAUGUUACAACCAAAAAUACCGUUAACAAAUACUACACGUAAUUUAGCAUUACAAUCGGAUGAUGCUUUAUUAGAAGUUAAUGGGGAUGAUGGAAAUGAUAAUAAUAUUGUUGGUGGUAGUGGUGGUGGUAAUAUCAAUGAUGAUUUGCAACAAUAUUCAACAAUGAAUAACAAUAAUAAUAAUCGUCAACUAGCUAUGGAACAAUUUCAACGUGGAACAUUAAAAACAGGAACACUUCGUCGUUCGGCUACUACAACGAAUGAUGAAUCGCCAAAAAACAAAGCGAAAUUAGCCUUAUUAUCUCCGCAACAUCAUCAUCAUCAAAUUUAUCAUCAACCAAAUCCUAUUGUUACCGUUUCGAUUGUCAAUAAUAAUAAUAAUAAUUCUUCUGAAAUUAAUAAUCAUUCGGAUGAUGAUCUUCCACCACCUCCGCCACCAAUUCUAAAAGAAGCUGAAAGUACAUUAUCAUUGAAUAAUGCAUCAUUUCCACCACCACCAUCACCCGAAAUGUCGGAAACAUCACCAACUCCAGAUUCGAUUUCAAAAUCUGGAUCACCAUGUCAAUCUGAUCAACAACAACAGCAACCAAUGAAACCACCAUCAAUGGCAUCAUUACCAUUACCACCAAUGACACCACAACCACAAAUGAAAAAUGUUCGUCUUGCUCGACGUUUAUCCGAUCUAUCGGAAAAUUCUACAUAUUUUAUGAAUUAUCGUGGAAAUUAUGAUAAUGGAAAUUAUUUAGCUAUUCCACCGAAUAGAAUUUAUGCACCAAAUUCUAGAGCUAGUUUUGCAUCAUCAUCUGAUAGUACUAGUUUUGUAACAUUAAAAUCAAAUUUUCUAAAUAAUCGAAGACAAUUUCAACGUCAUAAUUCAGUUGAUUAUUAUCAACAACAACAACAACAACAACAGCAUUUAGUAUGGGAUAAAUAUGGAACAUCACCACGUAUUCGACCAAUCAACGAUACAUUGAUGAAUGGAAAUAUUAUGAAUGAACAAUUCUAUCAACAACAGCAACCAAUCUCAAUUACUAACAAUAAUCAUCAAAAUUAUAUGGCUUUUAAUCCAUCUAGUCACAACAACAACAACAACAACAACAGUACAGGCAAUGUUGUUGGCAACUCUCAUUGUUCAAUAAUUUCGGAUACAACAACAGGAAUUAACAACAGCAAACGUAUCGAAUAUGAUAUUCCACCGGCAAGAGUAAAAAUUUUCAAUUCACAAUCAACAACAUUACAACAAUUUUCACAAAUUGUUCCACCACCACCAUCAUCAUCAAUGAAUUAUUCGACAAAUUUUACACCUACAAAUUCACCUUGUCAUCAAGCCAACAACAACAACAACAAUAGACCAGCUAUAAAACAAGAAAAUCAUUAUAUGUCUAUUUCACCACAUUUAUUACAAAAACAUCAACAAAUGUUACGUCAUCAACAACAACAACAACAACAACAACCACCUGUAGAUUAUAAUGAUAAUAAUGUAAUCUAUUCUGGCCAACAACAUUAUCAUCAUCAUAAUAAUAAUGAUCCAAAUCAAUUACCAUAUCAUUUACCGGAAGAUUUAUUUCUUAAAAAUAUGGAACGUGUUAUGCAGAAAAAAUGGCAUGUAGCACAACGAUUACAACAAGAUCAAACAUCAACACCUGGUCAGGUACUUGGAUUUCGUGAUUCAGCUUAUUUGCCACCGCCACCAUCUGAUGAUUCUUAUCCAAAUAUGAUGCCUGCACCACCACCACCACCGUCAACAGCAAACCAUCAUUAUAAUCAAUCGUAUAAUCAUAAUCAUCAUCAGCAACAACAACAAUAUAAUUUGGCCACAACUAAUCAUCAAAAUUCAUCAAUGAUUUAUCAAUCAACAAUACCAUCAUCACCAUAUCAUAUGGCCAACACCAACAACAACAAUGGUAUACAAUUGCCAAAAUCUGUACAAUUUUCCGAUAAUAUCCCGAUUCAUUCAAUGACAAUGGAAAAUUCUUCAUCUUUAACAUCAAUGACAUCGCCAAUGCAUCAGCCAAAUUUUAAUAUGUUGACAAAUGGAGGUCAACAUCAACAGAUGAUGAGAUCAAAAAUACCACCACCACCACCAAAACGAAGUGAAAGUACACAACUUACAACUGCUCCGAAUCGACGAUAAAAUCAUCAAGUAGAAUUUUUUUUCCUUUUGUUUAACAUUCUUGUAUUCAGAAUUCCAUUCAAUGUUACUCUCAUUUAAUUUAUCCAUUUCGAAUGUGAAUGAUAUGAUUUUUUCACUCUUUUCAUUUUCUUUGUCCUAGAUUCUCAUCAUUGAUCAUCUCAGAUUCAUAAAAAAGCCUCGACUUGAUUCUUCUUUAUUAUUGUUGUUGAUCAUCAUAAAUGUCCUUGUAACGAAUGAGCUUAAUUUUUCUUUUUCUCUCUUUCUCUGUUAUUUCAAUCUCGACAUAGAAUUUUUUGUUAUCGUUC